GCUGAAUGCAUUAGGCUAAUGAGAUAUUUGCAGGAGAGCAGGGCUGCUGGGGACUGUGAGCUGCUAUCCCUGGGAGGAAGAUAGCUUUUGCAAUACUUGGUUCGCGUGUGCCAAAAGUCACCCGUCUUCUUGAGCCAACGUUCUCUGUCUGCUCAGCACCCUGAUCAGGGCCCCGGUGAACAGGCUGUAGCACCUUGUCUGCCUGUGAGCACUCCGUCACCGUACUCUGUAAGACUGGCACCCGCCGAGAUGCAGGCCCAGGGGGUCACAGGCAGGAAGAGAGGGCGGCCGCCCCUCCACUCCACGCCUAGGAAGAUGCCAGUUCACAGCCUUUUCUCUGCUUCUGCUGCCUCUCUACCAGCACUGAAGAUCCCAAAGAAAAGAGGGCGGAAACCGGGACACCAGCUCAAGUCUCGGGUUCUCAUGACUCCUUUAGCCCUCUCACCCCCGAGGAGCACCCCGGAGCCUGACCUCAGCCAUAUCCCUCAGGACACAGCCACUGUACCCAGGCUGGCGGCUCCCCAGGCACUCACAGUCUGUCUGUACAUCAACAAGCGUGCCAACGCCGGUCCGUACCUGGAGAGGCAGAAGGUGCAGCAGCUCCCAGAGCGCCUGGGGCCCGAGCGGCCGGCCACGGUCCUGCAGCAGGCCGUGCAAGCCUGCAUUGACUGCGCCCACCAGCAGAAGCACGUCUUUGCCCUGGUCAAGCAGGGCCACAGCGGCGAGCUGGUGUCAGUCUCCGCCUCCUUCGAUGGAAAGCAGCACCUGCGGAGCCUGCCCGUGAUGAACAGCGUCGGCUACGUCCUCCGCUUCCUGGCUAAGCUGUGCCGCAGCCUCCUGUGUGACGACCUCUUCAGCCACCAGCCCUUCCGUGGGACUCUCAACGCCUCUGAGAAGGUCCCCGAGAGAGAAGCAGGUAGGAUGGAGUCAGUCAAGACAGUCACCAUGGACGAGUGCCUGGGAAACCCCACAGGCAUGAACCGCUACAGCUUGGACCCCUGCUCCUCUGACUUUCACCACAGGGGCUCUUUGCCUCCUUGCCUGCUGUACUGCAAGAAGCUGAACUCUGGAGACUGCCAUCUUGGGGGAGGCCCUGCCGCCUCCACCAGUGUUCCAUGCAUCGGCUCGGUGCCCUCUGGAGGCUCCUCAGCACCUGGGCUGAGGCCCCCAGCCUCCAGCCCCAAGAGAUAUGGGGCUUCUCUUGAAGCAAACAGAUGUGCCUCAAGCCUCCCUGCAGAUGGCCAGGACACCAGGCCGGCGAGGACCAGAAACCCUUCCACCUGGACCGUGGAAGACGUGGUCCGGUUCGUGAAGGACGCUGACCCGCAGGCUCUGGGGCCGCAUGUGGAGCUCUUCAGAAAGCACGAGAUUGACGGUAAUGCUCUCUUGCUGCUGAAAAGCGAUAUGAUCAUGAAGUACCUGGGCCUGAAGCUGGGACCUGCCCUGAAGCUCUGCUACCACAUUGACAAACUCAAGCAAGCCAAGUUCUGAAAUUAUCCGAAAGACAGAAGCAAAACCCAAGACCAGAUCGCAAGAUUACCCUCUGCCUUACCAACAUCCAGCUAAAUCAUGAAGCACAGUCUCCUCUUCAAAUUAACACUCACAAAGACUUGACCUUUCUAUAAAACAUGUGUAUCUUUGCCUUUUUAGUCAAUGUGGUUCUUUUUGAAAGGGUUGUAUGUUUUACUGACCUGCCAAAAAAAUUACCCCAAAAUCCA